AUGGCACCGAAUCCCUCGUCUGAUGAGGUUGUAUAUUCCUAUGACAAGGCGGCUAAGGAGAAAGUUCGCAAGCGUGGUGACACCGCCAAGCAAAGAGCAGUCAAACUAGGCAAAGACGUCAAGGUAUUCUCCGCCACCGUACACUUCAAUCCCACGUACGAACAACUGGACGGAGCAAUCUACGUGCCUAAGGGUCAGAAAAUACCUGACGUAAAUCGAUUCCCGAUCAACCGGCGACGUCGCAGCAGGCGCUCCACCCGUCAUCGGCGUCGGGAUAGCAGCCCCGUCCUAGACGAAAUCACGGUGGAGACAAGCGACAGUGAAGCAGUCAGAGACAAAGACAAAGACAACGCAGUGCACCAACGAGAGGUCUUGGAAGACGCUCAGCACGACCUGGACUUUGAACAAGAGGGCUCUGGGAUAGUAGAGCCCCCAGAAGACACGUCCCCCAACUCGGAUAACGACGGCGACGACGACGACGACGACGACGACGACGACGACGACGACGACGACGAGGAAGACGACAAGGAGGACUACGAGCAAGAAAAGAACGAUAACAUUCCUGCUAACGCCCAAAGCUGCCCAGUUGUGGAUGUUGUGGCAGAACCAGAAACUAUGGACGGGCUCGUAACUGACACAGGCAACCCUGCCGAAGUGGAUAUGGAUGACGCCGAGGCGCAGCAGCCCACUCUCAGAGAAAACUCCGCGGAUUGGUCCAAGCUUCUCCUCCCAGAUGGGGAACUGGCGGACAUAGCGGGGCUUGAGGAGGAAGACAGCCCAGUAAUGCCCAGUUGGCUUUUUGAGAAUGUUGGGGACGAACAGAGCAAUGUGACUCUAUCAUCACCCAGGCCUGAAGCAGUGCCCGACGCUGGAGAACAUACCGGAGUCGAGGAUGCGAACAGGAUUAAGCUUUUCAAGCAUAUAGCAAUAACAUUUUGGCAGGCGAGGCAGGCGAAGGAGGCGAAAGAGGCGAAGCAGAGCAGUGAGGGCGGGAGGGAGGCCAAAAACAACUCAUUGCGGAAGGAGUUGUCUAGCCCUAAGAAUAGCACAGGUCGUCGAGACCGUUCAGGCUAG